CCUAGAUCUGUUUUAUAUUUUAGUAGAAGUAUUUAAACUAGGAUUUUGCGGUAUAAGAAAGAUAUCAAUCAUUUAUUUCAUUAUUUUUAUAAUUCAGAUGAUCUACAUUCGAGAAAGAAUGCAAAGAAUCAACGUACAUAGAUAAUACUUGCACGUUUGAAUUUUGUACAACAGGUAGAUUUGUACUUUUAUUAAUUUCUUGUACCAAAAACACUCAGUAUUACAGUUUAUCUACGAAAAAUUUGUCUGUUAUAAAGACAAAAUGAUAUCUCAAUUAUUUGAUGAAUCUCCUAAAGAAAUGCAGUUAAUAAAUUCGGAUAACGAGUCACAGAACCAAAAACAAAUUGGUAAUGAUGGAAAAGUACAAAUGAAAAAACAACUUGGUCUUUUGGAAGGUGUUGCAAUUAUUUUAGGAAUCAUAUGUGGUUCAGGUAUUUUCAUUUCUCCAAAAGGUGUAAUUCAGGAAGUAGGCAGUGUUGGGGUAUCUUUAAUUGUUUGGGUUUUAUGUGGUCUACUUUCUAUGAUUGGGGCAUUAUGCUAUGCGGAAUUGGGAACUUGUAUACCUCGUAGUGGUGGAGAUUAUGCUUAUAUUUAUGAAGCUUUUGGAGCAUUACCUGCUUUUUUGUACUUAUGGGCUGCUAAUUUAAUCUUUGUACCAACUACAAAUGCUAUUAUGGGAUUAACAUUUGCUGAAUAUGUUUUACAACCAUUCUUUCCAAAUUGUACUAUCCCAGACAAUGGUAUACGAUUAAUAGCAGCAGUCACUAUUUGUUUACUUACAUUUGCAAACUGUUACGAUGUCAAAGAAACAUCGAAAAUGCAAAAUGUAUUUAUGUUUGCUAAAGUUGGUGCAUUAGUAAUUAUAAUUGUUGCUGGAAUGGUUUGGUUAUUACUGGGUCAUACAGAAAAUUUUGAGAAUUCCUUUGAAAACACUAUUACGGAGCCCGGUAAAAUUGCAGUUGCCUUCUAUUCUGGAAUAUUUUCAUAUUCUGGAUGGAAUUAUUUAAAUUUUAUGACAGAAGAAUUAAAAGACCCUUAUAUAAAUUUGCCGCGAGCUAUCUACAUAUCUCUGCCAUUAGUUACUUUCAUCUAUGUAUUAGCAAAUGUAGCUUACUUAUCGGUUUUAACUCCAACUGCUAUGAUUGCUUCUCGUGCCAUAGCUGUGAAUUUUGGUGCCGAAGUUCUUGGUAUCAUGGCAUGGAUAAUACCUGUAAUGGUAGCUAUAUCCGCAUUUGGGGGAUUGAGCGUUCAUAUCAUGACAUCAUCUCGAAUGUGUUUUGUUGGUGCUAGAAAUGGUCAUUUUCCUUCAAUGUUAAGUCAUAUUAAUAUUACAAGAUUUACGCCUACACCUGCCUUAGUUUUUCUUUGUAUUUUAUCUCUAAUUAUGCUGUGUACAAGUGAUAUUCUUGUAUUGAUCACGUAUUGCAGCAUAGUUGAGUCAUUUUUCAUUAUGCUAUCAGUAGCUGGCGUUCUAUGGCUUCGUUAUAAACGACCAAACAUGAAUCGACCAAUCAAGAUGCCCUUAUGGAUUCCCAUCACAUUUGUCGCUAUAUGUGCAUUUUUAGUGUUUGUUCCUUGCUAUGAAAGACCAUAUGAAGUUGGUAUAGGAGCCCUGAUAACUUUAUCUGGUAUUCCAGCUUAUUUUGUUGGCAUCAAAUGGAAAAAUAAACCCAUGUGGUUUCAACAAAUUAAUUUUGAGAUCACUUACGCCGUACAAAAAUUAUUUAUGUCUGUCACUGAAGAACGUGAUUUUUAAAUCCAAGUAUUAUAAUGAAGCUAAAAACAAUUCGAAUUGAAAAAAAAUUUGUGAUGUUUUAUUGCUUUAAUGCUAAUCAUGUAUGUGACCCAUGUGUUACUGAUAAGUACCACAGACUGCAUUCUUUAUAAACAAAGGUUGUACAUGUAAAACAAGUAAGUAAGGUUGCUCUCUGUGUUACAUAAAUUAGUUAUCAUCAUCUAUUAUAAUUUAUUUUGAAAAACUAUAACCGUGUUUUAUUCGGUUGUAUGU